GGUUUGGUGCCAGGGCUGUGUGUUGGGGUUUAGUCGCCAGUGUGUGUCCGGGUGCUCGCUGCCCCCACACUCUCCUCCUCCACUACCAACACCACCUUACACCGACAGUGAGGUGCUUCCUACCACCAAGGGCCAGUGCUUAUAAUACCCAAAUAGAUAUUACCGAAAGCACGAAAAAGUAGUGAUUCGAGAUAGUUUUCACGAUAAUAUAAAUCAGUGUUUUCUGCAAGAUGCCAGGAGAGAGCCACUCGGACGUUCCGGCUGCGGUGCCGCUACAGAUUGCUAUACAGUCCUCAGCUUUAUGUUUGACCAACGGCCAUUCCCCUGAUAACGCAGAACAACCCAAGUCCAUAAACUGUGGAGAAUGUAAGAAGCCGGCGACGAUCGUGUGUGGCGGUUGUUGGCAGGUGGGCUUUUGUGCCAGGGAUCACCAGCUAACUGGCUGGGUGAAGCACCGUCCCAAGUGCCGCCCAUGGCGUGUCGGUUGCUCGCCUGACCUGGGCCGUUUUAUGGUGGCCACUAGGGACAUCGUCCCCGGGAUCCUGCUACAAGACCAACCACUCCUGCUGGGCCCCAAGAUGAUCACUGAACCCGUGUGUCUCGGUUGUUACCGCCCAGUCAACGGUGAUUACCAGUGUCGUAGCUGUGGCUUCCCUCUGUGUAGCUCCGAUGAGGGGACAGACGACCACGAGGCCGAGUGUAAGGCUGUGAGAGACUCGGGCAUCCCCGUCAAGGUGUCAGUCUUCGGCGAGAUAAACAGUAUGUAUGAAUGUAUCACACCCGUGAGGAUCCUGUGCCUACGAGAUGAAUCCCCAAGCGUGUGGAACAAACUCUUGGCGCUGGAGAGCAACAGUGACAAGCGUGACGGCACCGAGGUGGCCGCUAUCACACAACAAACAGUCGUUGACAUCAUUCAUGACAGACUGCAACUCGACCAGUUCGACACAGAAACUGUUGAGAAAGUCCUGGGAAUCAUCGACACCAAUGCUUUUGAGAUUCGUCUGCCAGACUCGAGUAUCUUAGGAGUGUAUGGGGCGGCAUCCAUGCUGGAGCAUGACUGUAUCACCAACACCCACAGAACGUUUGAUGCAGACCUCAACCUUGUAGUAAGAGCUGCUAUUCCUAUCAAACGCGGCGAGCAUCUCACCUCCUGCUAUACAGACCCCCUCACAACCACCUCCAGUAGACAGGAACAUUUACGUGCUUCAAAGUAUUUCAUCUGUAGUUGUAAGCGUUGCAUAGACCCAACAGAGCUCAAGACCUGUCUGUUUGCUAAGGGACUGUGUCCAGAAACAGGCGGUGCUAACGGCCAGUCAUCUAGUAAGGAAGGUGAUGCGGAGGGUAACGAUGAACCUGGUCCCUAUAUUGUCCCACAGGAUCCUAUCUCACCCUCCUCGAAUUGGAAGUGCAUAUCCUGUGGGCAUCCCUCGUCAGACGACUACCCUGACAGGAUCACCUCGGUGGUGGCUGAGGAGGCCGAGGAACUGGAAGCAUCGUCCCCUACCGUGGCCCUGUGUGAAGCCUUCCUCGAGAAAUGGAACCACCUCUUCCACCCGGACCACGCCAUCUUCCUAAACGUGAGUGUUGCGUUGCUUCACCUAUACGGGUCAGAGGAAGGGUACGAACUGGAUGACCUCCCCAUCCACCUGGCCCGGAAGGAGGAGCUGUGUCGCCAGGUACUGAAGGUCGCCGACGUCCUCGUGCCAGGUAUCUCACGAUUGAGGGGCUCAGUGCUGUACGAGCUCUAUCAGUCACUGUUCUACAAGGCCCGCGCCCUCUUCAUGGUCGGCGCCGCUACAGGUGAACAAGCCCGUAGACUGGCCAUGGAUGCGCUGACAGCCCUCAAGGAGUGCGCCAAGAUCUUGAGCUAUGAGCCAGAGGUACAGCCAGAGGGGCAGCUGGGCCUCGAAGCUAAGGAGGAGAUCAAGCAGUUGCAACAGUGGAUAAAAGAGGAGGGAUGGAAAUACUGAGGAGGACUCUUAUCUAGAGAAUAUUGGUGAUAGUGUAACUUAUGAUCACACAACCCAGCACAGAAACUGGCGUGUCUGGGGUAUAACGAUAUUUAGAGGUAGGGUCAUUGUAACUGAUUUGCCUUAUUGGAAAUAAUUGGGUCAUUUAUUGGUAGGUUUUGACUAAAAAAUUUCACGAAUGACUUUUUUGGGUAAAAUUUUCUAGAGCUUAGACCAUCUUAUAGAUGGACAACUAUUUAACAAGUAUUAGUUAGGUGUUAUUUGGAAUGAGGUGGAGCCAGUGCUACUCGAUCAUUUAUAUUAUGUGUGUGAAUGUGGAUCAAAAUAAUAUGAAAGUGAUUCUACUUUUUAUUUUGUAUAAGUAUAUUUUCCAGUUGGUUGUAGAUAACGUCUUAUGUUUAUUGUAGAUCCUUUGUUUUUCUCGCUAGUACAUAUGAAGAGAAGAAUAAGGACCAAUUAUUUUACAAAAGUUAUGCUUUUUAAACAUAAAGAAAAUUGUCCCCAAAGAAAAGAAAAUUUCAAGGGUAACAUUUGUAAAAACCUAGAGUAUGUUGAGGUCUUUGUGUGGUUUCCAGUAAACUUCAUUUGGUAAACUUACAUAUACUUUAAAUAUAAUAAGUAAAUUCAACUUAAUAAUUACGUAGUGGUAUAACAAACUCCAAAUGUUGCUAUAGGUUACUAGUAGUGUGGUGUCUAUCAUUUUUAUUAAUGCAAGAAACAAACAUUUAGAGUCUAAAUUAUAGACGAACACUUGUGGGACCAAUCUCAAGAAACAGGAGAUCAUAUUAUGCCAUAACAAGAUAAAUUAGAAACGAUAACAGACUAAGGAACUGAUGGUUAUACAGACAAGUUAAAGUUAUUCAACUGUGUAGUAUAAUGUUAGCCUGAACAAGAUAGUUAUUUAUUUAGUAAAAUCAUCACGCAAAUUGUCAUUGGUUCAUUAUGUACAUAAAUCGUACAGAUAUAUAAACAAUAAUAAAUAGUGUGUCCAUUUAACCGAGGACAGCCACCCAAAAGCUGUUAGCAGCUAAUUUCCGUAUGAGUUUUUAACAACAUGGUGUGUAUUGCCACUUUUCAUGUUUGUAUGACAAUAAUUUGCAGGGAAAAAAAUAUUUUAGAGAAAAUUAUUAGUGUUAAAGUGAUCAUAAACAUCUAAACAUCUUCUGGGAGUUAAAACUUAAUGAGUAACAAAAAAUAUUUAAAUAAAUAAUGUUUAAGAAAUAACCUAUUGCGAGUAUAAUAGUUGUUUUAGAAUAAGUACUUAGGGCAUUGUGCCUCUCUGGGAAUAUUACUGUACUUGAAACAAAAUACAAAAUAAAUACUAAAUUAGGAUAUGAGCCAACACAACAUGAUCUUUUUAUUAGCUUCUUUAUGUACUGUAUGUACAACCAUGAUCGGGUGUAUGAGCUGAAUAAACAAGAGAUUUUUUUCUAUAUGAAAGAUA